AUGGAGUGCGCUGAUUGCUGUGCCAAGAACCCGGAGUGGGCUUCGGUCAACCACGGCAGCUUGGCUGCCCGUGGAGUGCGAGGUGUGCUCAUUUGCAUCGAGUGUGCCGGCACCCAUCGGUCACUGGGGGCUCAUAUUUCCAAGGCCGUGAAGUCCACACAGCUUGACAGCUGGAAGCUCGAGGAGCUCCAAUCCUUCUCCGCCAAGGGCGGAAAUCGCAAGGUGAAUGCCCUCCUAACACAGGGGGGUGCGCCACCUGCCCCACCACUUGGAGCUUCGAGGGCUUCCCUGGAGAGCUAUAUCCGGGCCAAGUACUCGCCGAAGACUGCUACUCAAUCAAAGAUUGGAGCACAGGAACCUCCUAUGUCCGGACACACCGAGAGCACUGACUUCGGUGACCAUG